CUCAAAAUGGCGGACCACCAAGUAAAAACCAUACAAAGAUUUUCCCCUUUAAAACCAAUCGCUGCUCCCGAAAUAGUAAUCCAUACGGUUUCUAAACGCAAGAGUAUAGUUCUGCUCUCAAAUGGCAGUCAAUUUCUUUAUAUUUUAGUGGACGAUAGUGUAGAACACACUUUUCGUUUUCCCAAUUCGGUGACCACUGUUCGUGUUCAGGAACAUAAUGCUGCUGGAAAAAGACAAGUAUUAGUUGGGACAGUGGAUGGUCAUAUUUUUGCCGUUUCCUUACCAGAAAAUCUAACCAAAAGCAGCAGGUUGAUAACAUUUACAGAUCCUAAACCAGACAUUACUGCUGAGACAGCAAAACAAAAGAAAUGUGUUGAGCAUGAUAUCUUUGGAGAACUACUUGCUGGUGGAAAUAAUGAUGUUACAGAGACAGUGAAUAAACAAUCACUUACUGCUAAUAAAUUUAUGACAGUUGUUGACAUGGAAAGUGCAGUCUUAUAUGAACCAAAUUUAAGAACAUUUAUGACCAUCAAAGAAAAUGUUGUGUGUUGCAGAGCACUGAAGCAAGGCUAUUUGUUCUCUGUGUUUUGUCCAAUUUCACAGCAAAAUGAUCUUGGUAUGAUGACUUAUGCACCACUUCCAGUGUUCAAAGGGAUGAUAACAGCUGAAUCUGAAUUAGAAAAAGGUUCUUUGUGGAAUAAUGUUCCUCAGCUGUGCUGUGUUCAAGCCAGAGGCAAUGUGUCAUGCCUUUCAUCAUGUCUUACUAUUGAACAGUCUUUAUUUAGCAAACUUUUUCACUGUGAUGCAUCUCUUUUGGAUACCCCAGUCAUUAUCUUUGCUUGUGAAGAUGGGCAAGUGUUAUUUUGGCCUGUAAGCAGCUUUGCUCUGACAAAUGCAAACAUUGAGACUAGAGUCAGUGAAUGUCAAUUUUCACCUCAGCUGAUGUACCAUUUGGAACAAAGAUUGGUAGCUACAUAUGCAGCAAGGCUUUAUUAUUCAGAGGAUUUAUCAAUAUGUCCAUCAACAGCAAGUGAAACAGAAGUGAGGAAUUGCAAACACAAGCAGGAAUCUGAUGGCUGCUGCAAUGCCUUGGUUUUUGUUGGAGGUUGUGACAAGAUUAUCAUUGUAUCUGAAGGAAAACAUUUGUCAGACAAGUCAGAAGAAGGAAACACAAUUAAUUUUACAAGGCACACUAUUAUUGGCCCUGUUCUUUGCUCCUGCAUGAGCAGCAGCCAUGACACACUGAUACAUUCAACAGGUAAAGAAAUCUUCAUCACUAAGUUGAGCCUGAACUGUGAGAUGAAUGCAGCAAAGUCAGGAGCCACAUUUUUAUCUUCAAGCAAGCUGGCAUCCUUGAACAUGCUAACUGUGCAGGUGCCAAACGUUUCUGUGCUUUGUUGUGUAAAUAAGAAAAGGAAGGGAAAUGGUACAAAGACACAGGUGUAUGCUCUUACUGUCUCCGGAAAACUUGUGUUGUUUUCAUUGCCUGAAUUGCAAGAUGGAGAGCAACCGAUUGCGUCUAAUGUCUCAUCACAAAUGGUUGGUGAAAAAGUGAAGAGUUACUUACAAGAGAUUGAAACUCAGACUGCAGAGCUUGUGAGAAUUAAUGAAAGCAUAGAAAAAGCAAAUAAGACUUUGAAAGAGCUUAAUGAAAUUAUCCACAUUGCCAGUCGAGUUACUGAGAAGGUAGGAGACACUACAUUGCCUUUGUCUUGUAGUUUUACACCCACUGUUGUGUGCCAUAGCUCUAGUGGACACAAUUCGUUGUCACUGCUCUGCAAAGUUAUUAACCAGGGCAAUCUAAUGUUGCCACCUUCCUGGUCACUUAUGGUUCACAUACAAGGAAAGGAACCAUGGCAGAGUUGUACCCCUGUAGCAGCUUGUUCUAUGGGCCGAUCAAUACCACUGAGAACCACUCAUUCAGGGGAAGUCACAAAGAUAACCAUUGCUGUUGACAAGUCUUUCUCCUCAUCAUUUCACUUUAUUGUGGAAGGCUACCUGUACUGUGAUUUGAAUUCCUUGCUUGCUGAUCUUAGAAAUGGAACUAAUCAAAUACAUUUCUUUAAGAUGCCAGUUGAGAACAUUGUGAUACCAGUUAGACAGAAAGUGUUUGACACACUUCAUUGGGUGCAACCAACUCAAUUAGGUCCACAAGUUCAAACUGAUUGCACCAUUCCAAACUCAAAGGAAGAGAUUUUGCAAACUGUAGACAGACUUAAUUCAACAAUCAACAAUGUGGUGUGUAAGAGUAUAUUUGGUCAGGAUACAAAAGAGAUUGCAUAGGAACCCACAGAAGUUAGAAACUACUCAACAGCUUUCAUUGUUUCUGAAGAUGCCAUAAAGUUCAUGACCACAACAAUAAAAAAUGACCUCACUCUGAAGAAAACUUUUCAAACAGAAUCUCUUUCCCCACAAGCUACCUUUUUUCACUUUAUCUUCCUGGGCUCAAGCAUUGCUCAUCACCAAAUUGAUGUGGGAUAUUCCUGCAUAAAUCUGCUAAGUGUUGAUGGUGGUCAUGCAUCCAUAAAAAUUAAACCUAUAAGUGGAAUGACAAGAUCCACCAAUGGUUCUCCUAUGGAAGUUACAUUACACUGUUCAUGUGUCCCCUUGCUGUGUCGUCUACAUGAAUCCAUGUUGACAAGAUUGAAGCCUGUCAUUACAUGUGGGACCAGUAGGAAUCAAAUGCGAGCAUAUGAUGUACAGAAACAGUUGGAAAAACUACAGGAUCUCCACAAAUGUGUCAUUCUGUUAGAAGAUGAGAUGUCGAUGGGGACAGAUAAACGUGAAUCAAUCGCCGUCAAGAGGACACUGUGGGCUCUGUAUGAGAAAGUGAGAGGAGUUAUCCUCAUGAUAUGAUAUUUGUUUGUGGUAAGAUUUAAAGAGAAAGCUACGUGUGUUUUCUGUCAUUCAGUAAAUGUAAAAACAAUUUGGAAUCAUUGUUGAAACAAGUAGUAAGAUGAUCUUCACUGUUUCAUUUAGUUGACAAGUUGGAAGCACCUGGUGUGUACUGAAGGACUUAAAAAAAAAUCAAAAUUUG